AUGUCGCGACCGGUAGCCUAUCUCGUCUUGGAAAAUGGCACCGUUUUCAAGGGGAGGGCCUUUGGAGCCACUGACAAGCCCGCGGACGGAGAAGUCGUUUUCCAGACUGGGAUGGUUGGAUACGUGGAGUCAUUGACGGACCCGUCAUAUCGAAGACAGCUUUUGGUGCUCACUUAUCCGUUGAUCGGAAACUACGGAGUACCUUCGGGCACCGAGGAAGACCAGCACGGCAUACCAUUGUUCAUGGAAUCCCAUCGUAUCUGGCCGUCAGCGCUCAUCGUAUCUGAGCUCGCUGAUAAGGUUUCCCACUGGAGCUCGACGCGCACUUUGGACCAAUGGUUGAAAGACGAAGGAGUUCUCGGUCUGGACGGCGUCGACACGAGAAGCCUGACGAAGAUUAUCCGAGAGCACGGCUCACUUCUCGGGAAGAUCAUUGUCUCCGAUGAUCCACCGCCUCUGGAACAAGAGUUCACGGACCCUAACAAGAUAAAUCUGGUGAAGGAAGUUGCUUGCGCGGCGCCACGAGUCCUCAAUCCACAGGGAUCGCCGAAAAUAACUGUUGUCGAUUGUGGCCUGAAGAACCAUCAGAUAAGAUGUCUAUUGAAACGAGGAGCUUGUCUCACCAUCGUCCCUUACGAUUACAAGUUCUACGAGCUAGAAGCUCAACACGCGCUCUUCCUGAGCAACGGUCCCGGCGAUCCAACCUUCUGCGCUCUGACAAUCGAAGGCAUACGGAAAUUCAUGAUAAAACAUCCGUCGAAGCCGAUUUUCGGCAUCUGCCUCGGACACCAGCUGCUCGCGCUCUCUGCCGGCGCUGUGACUAAGAAACUGAAGUACGGGAACCGUGGUCACAACCAGCCGUGUUUCCAUGAGGGGUCGAAGAGGUGCUGCAUAACGUCGCAGAAUCACGGUUACGCCGUCGAGGCCGAAUCCCUGCCAUCCGACUGGAUUCCCCUAUUCACCAACGCAAACGAUGGAACGAAUGAAGGCAUCGCGCACCGCAUGGAGCCGUACUUCAGCGUCCAGUUCCAUCCGGAACACCAUGCCGGACCGACGGACAUGGAGUUCCUAUUCGACAUAUUCUUCUCGUCGAUCAGGAUGCCAGGCCUGCCGAUCAACGACCGCAUCAACUCGCACUUCCGUAAAAUCCCCUUCCCGAAGUCGGUUGUUCCGGCACCGCUCGCCAGAGAACCCAGGAAAGUUCUAUUGUUGGGGUCGGGCGGUCUGUCAAUCGGUCAAGCAGGAGAGUUCGACUACUCCGGCUCUCAAGCUAUUAAAGCGCUCAAGGAAGAGGGAAUCGAGACGAUUCUGAUCAAUCCGAAUAUAGCCACUGUCCAAACUAGCUCGGGUCUGGCGGACAAAGUCUAUUUUCUGCCGAUCACACCGGAAUACGUGACACAGGUGAUAAAAUGUGAGAGACCCGAUGGGAUACUGCUCACUUUCGGAGGUCAGACCGCCUUGAACUGCGGAAUCGACUUGGAACAGCAAGGAAUUUUCAAGACUCACAAGGUUGUAGUCCUCGGCACUCCGAUCCAGUCUAUUAUACAUUCUGAAGACCGGAAACUUUUCGCCGAACGGGUGGCUGAAAUCGGCGAGAAGGUCGUGCCUAAUUGCGCUGUUGAGAGUCUUGAAGAGGCCUUGGCCGCAGCUCGAGUUCUCGGCUAUCCCGUUCUCGUGAGGGGAGCCUUCUGUCUCGGAGGCCUAGGUUCCGGCUUUGCGAAGAACGACGAAGAUCUCAAGGAAUUGAUGAACCAAGCACUGGUUCACUCGAAGCAGGUUCUCAUCGAUAAAUCACUGAAGGGCUGGAAAGAGGUCGAAUAUGAAGUCGUACGCGACUCUUUCGACAACUGCAUAACUGUGUGUAACAUGGAGAAUCUCGAUCCGCUCGGAAUCCAUACCGGGGAGUCGAUCGUCGUGGCCCCCUCUCAAACCCUGACGGACACCGAGUACAAUAAGUUGAGAGAGACGGCAAUCAAGAUCAUCAGACAUCUCGGUGUUGUGGGAGAAUGCAACGUGCAAUACGCUUUGAGUCCGAACUCCGACGAAUACUACAUCAUCGAAGUAAACGCGCGAUUGUCGAGGUCCUCUGCUCUCGCCAGUAAGGCGACCGGAUACCCUCUGGCGUACAUUGCUGCGAAGCUCUCAUUGGGUAAAUCGCUGGUUUCCCUGAAGAAUUCCGUUACCGGGACAACAACAGCCUGUUUCGAGCCGAGCUUGGAUUAUGUCGUCCUGAAGAUUCCCAGAUGGGACCUCGGCAAAUUCCUUCACGUCUCCAGUAAGAUCGGUUCUUCAAUGAAAUCGGUCGGUGAAGCGAUGGCCAUCGGACGCAACUUUGAAGAAGCCUUCCAAAAGGCAAUCCGAAUGGUCGAAGGUGGCAACGGUUUCGACCCGUACGUGAAAAGAGCCGACGAAGAUCAUUUGUCUUCACCAACGGACAAACGACUGUUCCAUUUGGCGUCCGCGCUGAUCCGCGGAUACACUGUCGAGCGAUUGCACGAGCUCACCCAGAUCGAUCCCUGGUUCCUGAACAAGAUGGAGAACAUCACGAAUAUGUACAAAGACCUCGAGGAUCUGCGCGGAGCGGAUAAACUGCAAUCAGAGUUACUCCAGAAAGCGAAACAGUUGGGAUUCUCCGACAAACAGAUCGCAAGCUGCAUCCACAGCUCCGAGCUGCAAGUACGGAGAAGGCGAGAGGAACUCGAUGUGAGACCGUUCGUGAAGCAAAUCGAUACCGUUGCCGCAGAGUAUCCCGCGUCGACAAACUAUCUCUAUCUGACGUACAACGCCGAGGAGCACGAUAUCCCUCUGGCGCAGACCGGAAUCGUCGACAACACCAUCAUGGUGAUCGGCUCGGGCGCCUACCGCAUAGGAAGCUCCGUGGAAUUCGAUUGGUGCGCCGUAUCUUCGCUACAGGAGCUGCGCAAAAUGGGGAAGAAAACCAUAAUGGUGAACUUCAACCCGGAGACCGUUUCGACCGACUACGACAUGUGCGACAAACUGUACUUCGACGACAUUUCCUUUGAAACCGUCUUCGACAUCUAUCAGUUGGAGCAGCCCGAAGGCGUGAUUUUGAACAUGGGCGGACAAUUGCCGAACAAUAUCGCAAUGGAUCUUCACCGUCAAAACUGUCGCGUUCUCGGGACGUCACCGGAGUCUAUCGAUGCAGCCGAGAAUCGUUUCAAAUUCUCGCGAAUGUUGGAUUCGAUAGGGAUCUCCCAGCCUCGGUGGAAGGAGCUGAGCACCGUCGAGCAAGCCUGGGCUUUCUGCGAUGAGGUGAAAUACCCGUGCCUCGUGCGACCGUCGUACGUGCUGAGUGGAGCCGCCAUGAAUGUUGCAUAUUCUCCCGCAGACCUCGAGGGGUAUUUGGGCGAGGCCGCAGCUGUCAGCAAGGAAUAUCCGGUCGUCAUCUCCAAAUUCAUCCAAGAAGCGAAAGAGAUCGAUGUCGAUGCUGUGGCCCAGGACGGCAAACUCCUCGCGAUCGCCAUCUCCGAGCACGUAGAGAACGCGGGAGUACACUCGGGAGAUGCCACACUCGUGACGCCUCCUCAAGACUUGAACAAAGAAACACUCAGCAACAUCCGGAAAAUAACGCAGGCGAUUGGACAAGCGCUCGCAGUCUCAGGACCUUUCAAUCUGCAGGUGAUCGCGAAAGACAAUCGUCUGAAAGUCAUCGAGUGCAAUGUGAGGGUUUCGAGGAGUUUCCCAUUCGUUUCCAAGACUCUGGGCUACGACUUGGUCAGCUUGGCCACCCGAGUAAUCUGCGGCGAGCGCAUGGAGCCGGUUGACUGCAUGCGCGGCAACGGGAAGGUCGGCGUGAAAGUUCCUCAGUUCUCUUUCAACCGUCUGGUCGGCGCCGAUGUCCGACUCGGAGUCGAGAUGGCUUCGACGGGCGAGGUCGCCUGUUUCGGAGAGAACCGUUUCGAAGCCUAUAUGAAAGCACUCAUUUCGACCGGCUUCGUGAUCCCAGAGGAAAAUAUCUUCCUGUCGAUCGGCAGCUACAAGCACAAGAACGAAAUGCUGCCGAGUGUUCGCAGUCUCGAGAAGAUGGGCUACAAACUGUUCGGCAGCUUGGGGACAGCCGACUUCUACCAGGAACACGGAAUUAAAAUUCAACCGGUCACGUGGCCCUUCGACGAUAUCGGACAGGGGAACGCCGCACAGAUCCGUUCGAUCGUCGACUAUCUCGAGCAGAAAGGUUUCGACCUCGUGAUAAACCUCCCCAUGGAGUCGAGUGGUACUCGCCGGGUUUCCUCUUUCAUGACCCAGGGUUACCGCACUCGCAGGAAGGCGAUCGACUGCGCCGUCCCCCUCAUCACCGACGUCAAGUGCGCGAAACUCAUCAUCGAAGCCAUACGUCUCAUCGGGCGUACUCCAACGAUCAAAACGCACGUAGACUGCAUGACUCUGCAGAAGUUCGUGCGUCUGCCGGGGCUGAUCGACAUCCACGUCCACAUGCGAGAACCCGGCGAGGUCCAAAAAGAGGACUUCUCCAGCGGCACCGCUGCUGCCCUAGCCGGAGGAUUCACGAUGAUCCUCGCGAUGCCGAACACGGACCCACCUGCCACGACGCUGGAGAAUCUCUCCGUCACCAAGCAGCUUGCGAAAAAGGGCGCGAGAUGCGACUACGCGCUCUUCGCGGGAGCUUCGAGCGAGAAUACGGGAACGGUCCAAAGCUUGGCACCGCAAGUUUGCGGUCUCAAGAUGUACCUGAACAACACACACGGACCGCUCCUGCUCGAAUCUUUCGCGGAUUGGGUCGCUCACUUCGAGAACUGGCCCACUGAUAUUCCUGUCUGCAUUCACGCCGAAGGGGCGACGCUCGGAAUGGCUCUGCUGCUCGCAAACAAGAGGCCGGUGCACGUCUGUCACGUGGCCACCGAGGCGGAGAUUUUGGCGAUAAAAGCGGCGAAGGAACUCGGUCUUCCCGUGACUUGUGAAGUUGCGCCUCACCACCUUUUCAUGACCCGAGCAGGGGCUGGAAAAAGCAUCGGCGAGAAUCUCGCCUACGUGAAGCCCCCUCUGGUGACAGAGCGCGACGUUCAGGCACUUUGGGAUCACAUGGAUUACAUCGACUGCAUCGCCACCGAUCACGCGCCUCACCAAAAAGCCGAGAAAAACUCCACAAUUCCGCCGCCGGGCUUCCCUGGUUUGGAGACGGCUCUCGCCUUGAUGCUGACAGCUGUCAGUCAGAAGAGGCUCACCUUGGACGAUGUCGUCGCGAAGAUGUACACCAAUCCGAAGCGGAUCUUCAAUCUCCCAGAACAGCCGGAUACUUAUAUCGAGGUGGAUCUGGACAAGGAAUGGGUGAUUCCUGAGAGAUUGCCCUUCUCGAAGGCUCGAUGGACUCCAUUCGCCGGCCGGAAGGUGCGAGGACAGGUCCGCCGUGUGAUACUCCGCAACGAAACUGUUUACAUCGACGGGUCUGUUCUCGCGGCACCCGGCUCAGGGGAAGAUAUCUUUUCGCUCGCUCGGACUGUGAGAGCCGGCCCCAACAAGACCCCCAGCAAGGGAGCUCCGGCGGGAACUGUCGGCGUGACGAGUCGUCCUCGACUGGACUCCGCCAAUACUCGAAGGAGGAACUCGGUGAAAGCCUCGGCUGAACUUUACGAUCAGAUGUUCGCUGAGCUCGGUCUCGGGAAGAUCGACAACGAAGAGAAAGAUCAGGGCGACGCAGCGCUCCUCCUCUCUCCCGGAAAAUCGGCUCCCGGAGCUCCGUCAUUGAGAGGCCGCAAUAUCCUCUCAGCUGAUAUGUUCACCAGGGAUCAGCUGCACGCAAUCUUCAAUCUCGCACAAAAGUACUCCAUGUCCGUACAUAAGGGAAAAACCCUCAAUGACGUUCUACAGGGUAAGGUCAUGGCAUCGGUGUUCUACGAGGCCUCGACAAGAACUUCGGCGUCCUUCGCCGCGGCCAUGCAACGACUCGGUGGAAGCGUCAUAUCCAUCGACAACGCGACGUCUUCCGCUCAGAAAGGGGAAUCUCUCGAAGACACCGUGGCAAUAACUUCGAGCUACAGUGAUAUCGUCGUCCUGCGACACCCUCAGCCAGGAUCCGUGUCUCGAGCCGCAAAGUUCAGCCGACGACCCGUGAUCAACGCCGGAGACGGCGUCGGUGAACAUCCGACGCAGGCGCUGCUCGAUGUUUUCACGAUCCGAGAGGAAAUCGGAACAGUCAACGGUUUGACGAUAACACUCGUGGGAGACUUGAAACACGGCCGCACCGUUCACUCGCUCGUGCAGCUCCUUUCCCACUACAAGGUUCAACUCCGUUACGUCGCUCCCAAUGGCCUCGAAAUGCCUGAGCAUAUCAAGAAACAGCUAGAGUCGAAGCAUAUCCCGCAAGCGACGUUCCAUUCGCUGGAAGAGGCUGUGAUUGACGCCGAUAUCGUCUACGUGACGCGGAUACAGAAGGAGCGCUUCAAGAGCGUAGCUGAUUUCGAACGAGUGAAGGACUUGUUCAUCAUCACACCAGAUCUCAUGGCGCAUGCGAAGCGCAAAAUGGCCGUCAUGCAUCCUCUGCCUCGAGUCAACGAGAUCAGCCCCGAGUUCGAUUCCGACCCACGAGCAGCCUACUUCAGGCAAAGUGAAAAUGGGAUGUACGUGAGAAUGGCCCUACUCACGAUGGUUCUAGGAGCGAACUGAAAAGCUCCAGAGGAACGAAUCGA